AGAAAGUGAAACUGUCUGACAGAAAAUGUCUCAACGAGGAGUUCAACUCGACUUAGAAAGAUUCAAGUGUUCCAUCUGUCUGGAUCUACUAAAGGAUCCGGUGACUAUUCCUUGUGGACACAGCUACUGCAUGAAGUGUAUUCAAGGAUUCUGGGAUGAAGAGGAGAAAAUCCCCAGCUGUCCUCAGUGCAGGAAGACCUUCAUACCGAGGCCUGUUCUGGAGAAAAACAUUGUGUUGGCAGAUUUAUUGGAAAUGCAGAAGAUUAAUCUCUGCUAUGCUGCACCUGAAGAUGUGGUCUGUGAUGUCUGCACUGGAAGAAAACUGAAAGCCAUCAAGUCCUGUUUGAUCUGUCUGGCCUCUUACUGUGAGAAACACCUUCAGCCUCAUUUGGAUGCAGCUGCAUUCAAGACACACAAGCUGGUGGAACCCUCCAAGAACCUGCAGGAGAACAUCUGCUCCCAUCAUGAUGAGGUGAUGAAGAUGUUCUGUCGCACUGAUCAGAAGUGUAUCUGUUAUCUCUGCUCUGUGGAUGAACAUAGAGGCCACGACACAGUCUCAGCUGCAGCAGAAAGGACUGAGAGGCAGAGAGAGCUGGAGGAGAGUCAACAACAAAUCCAGCAGAGAAUCCAGGACAGAGAGAAGGAGGUGAAGCUGCUUCAACAGGAGGUGGAGGCCAUCAAUCACUCUGCUGAUCAAACAGUGAAGGACAGUGAGAAGAUCUUCACUGAGGUGAUCCGUCUCAUCCAGAAAAGAAGCUGUGAUGUGAAGCAGCAGAUCAGAUCCCAGCAGCAAACUGAAGUGAGUCGAGUCAAAGAUCUUCAGGAGGAGCUGGAGCAGGAGAUCACUGAGCUGAAGAGGAGAGACGCUGAGCUGAAGCAGCUCUCACUCACAGAGGAUCACAGCCAGUUUCUGCUCAACUACCCCUCACUGCCACCACUCAGUGAGUCCACACACUCAUCCAGCAUCAAUGUCCGUCCUCUGAGAUACUUUGAGGAUGUGACAGCAGCUGUGUCAGAGCUCAGAGACAAACUGCAGGACAUUCUGAGAGAGGAAUGGACAAACAUCUCACUGACAGUCACUCAUGUGGAUGUUUUACUGCCAGAACCGGAACCAAAGAGCAGAGCUGACUUCCUCAAAUAUUCACUUCAAAUCACAUUGGAUCCAAACACAGCACACAGAGAACUGUUACUGUCAGAGGAGAACAGAAUGGUGACAUUGAUGGAAAAACCUCAGUCUGAUUCUGAUAGAUUUACUGAUUAUGGAGAAGCUCUGGGUAAAGAAAGACUGACUGGACGUUGUUACUGGGAGGUGGAGUGGAAAGGUUAUCUUGUUUAUAUAGCAGUCGCAUACAAGAACAUCAGCAGAUCUGGAGAUGAAAGUGGAUUUGGUUUUAAUGACAAAUCCUGGGCAUUGUGUUGUUCCCAAGACAAUGUAUUUUUUUUCCACAACAGCAUCCAAACCUCCAUCUCAGCUCCUGGUUCCUCCAGAGUAGGAGUGUACCUGGAUCACACAGCAGGUGUUCUGUCCUUCUACAGCAUCUCUGACAGCAUGACUCUCCUCCACAGAGUCCAGACCACAUUCACUCAGCCGCUCCAUGCUGGACUCUUAUUUGAUCAUGUUGGAGAAACUGCAGAGUUUUGUAAACUCAAAUAGUUCCUAAAGUUCAUGAAAGAAUUGAAAUGUUUGUUUGUUUUUUUGUGAUUUUUCUGCUUUCAUUCUCACAUUUUUUAUAUUCAAUAGCAGCCAUAGUACUUCAGCACCAGAUAUACACAUAUAAUUUGUUUUAACUUGAGGUGCACCGUAAGAUAAAUUCCAUGAAACAUUUAGUUUAUUGUUCAGGUUUUGCGUGUGUGUCUGUUUUUUUGUUUUUUAUUUCAAUGACCCUGACCUACCUGUGGUUUUAACCUUCUCGUUUCCUUUCUUCUGGACUUCUCCCUGAUCCAAAGUAGUGGUUAAGUGUAGAGAUGCUCUUGUACAGAAUCUCAAAAAAGGGAUGCACCCUUACCUAAAGAAGAGGAACAUGGGGAUUGCUAACUUGUAUAAUGGUAAAUUAAUGGAUUUGAAUUCAAAACCUUUGUUUGUAUUUGAUUAUCUUUUGAAUAAACUUAAUUUUUAAAAUAAUCUUCAUGUUUAUCUAAAACAUUGUUAUAUUUUGUUGUUGCCUCCUGUUCUCAGUGGUCGGAUCAUUCAUAUGAUUCUCCUGAUGUGUCUGGUCAGUUUGAGUUCUACUUUCUAUAACAAUCGCUGUCAAAUGUUGUUGGAUGAGCUGUGUUUAUUUUACUGCUUUUAUGAAUGAAAUUCUUUGUAAUUUUGUAAAUUUCCUUACUUUUGUUAUUUUUGGUAACUACAACCCUUUAUAGUUUUUUAAGCGGGACUCAUUUGCAAUUGCUUGGUCCAUCACAAAUUCAAAUUUGACAAAAAUGUUUUGUUCAUAUUUUUGUGUUGUCAUGUCAUUGUAUUUGAAUGCAUCUAUGUUAGAGGGACACAGUGAUUGAUUGAGAUGCAUUAUGGGAUAUGAGCAAUGCAUUAUGGGAUAUGUACGAAGCAUGUGGCCUUCGGAUGUAAAGCGACUGCUAACAGGUAUGUUAAUAAAAAGACAAGUUACCA